AUGAAUAUGGAGCCAAAGGAAGCAAGUAUUCGUUGUUGUGGUGGUUACACUCUGGACAUACCAUAUAAGUUCCCCUCCGAGAAUGGGAUUGCAAAACCAGAUGACAUAUUUGAUGAAAAUGUUGGACCUUCUCACCCAGAAGAUUUUCAAGAUGGAGGAGGAUGUGCUAGCCCGCCCAACAACAGUGAAUUUCACAAUUUCGAAACGGAGAGGAAAGAUUCUAAGAUACCUCUUUGGCGCCUCGAUUCGGUGUGGGACAGGAUCGCUGAACGUCGUCAGAAGAGAGAUGGAAGCGAUCAACAAAGAGAUAGCAGAAAGAAGAGUGAACAUGAUGCCGAAAUUGUUUUCGAAUGUCCCAACCAACCAGGAAUUCAGAAAUUGCAGACAUGUCUGGGGCAAUUGCUCCGAGUUGGUGCCUUUUGCAACUCUGCAUGGACAAAGGAAACCCCAAAGACGCCGUGCUGUCUUAUAUUCCCAGACACUCAACCUGAAAAUCAUGCAAAUGGUGCCUCCCUGUGUCAAGUGUCAGUUGGUGAUAAAGUCACUGGCUCAUCGUGCAAUAAUCCACUCGUUGUAGUCGACAUUGUGGACCCAUCCAAUUGUUCUCAUAUUGCAACUUCUCUUGGCCUUGACCUCCAUAUUGAAACUCCUCAAGAUGUUAUACGUUAUGUGAAAGAACAUCUUUUCGGUUAUAUUGAUGAAGUUAGAGGAUAUGGUUUCAAUCAUAUCAUUAUCAUUGGGCAACGUUACUGUGGAAUGCUUUCCUAG